AUGGGCACGGUCCUUGCACCAUGCGAAGCUCCGUUCCGGCCAACUUUUGACGAGGAAGAGACACGAAGAUCAUGGGGAAACAAUUUCAUGGCAGACGUGAUUCAGCCGACGCGCUGCAGGGUUCGGAUGCAUGAAAUCAAUAUCGAGUCGGCUAGACAGCCUAGCCCCUUGUCUGUUGCCAUGCCAUCAAGAGCAUUCAGCCGAGCAGUCUACGCUAGCAACUCAGAAUCCAACUUUGAGCCAUCAAGGCCUUUCGGUCAGGUCGCCAUCGUCACUGGUGCUGGUCAGGGUAUCGGUGAAGCUACCGCAAAGCUCUUCGCCAGCCACGGCGCCCACGUCGUCGUCUCGGACCUCGACUCGAAAAAGGCGCAGGAUGUUGCAUCCCAGAUCACAAAGGCCGGAGGGUCGGCGAUCCCCCUCGCCGGCAACGUCAUGGACAAGGACUUUGGCGAGCGUGUAGUCAAGGCCGCUGUCGACAAGUGGGGCAAGCUGAACAUCAUUGUCAACAACGCCGGUUUCACUGCUGAUAAGAUGGCGCACACCACCGACGACGCCACCUUCCAGCUCAUGCUCGACUGCCACAUCACCGCUCCCUUCCGCAUCAUCCGUGCCGCCGCUCCCUACUUCCGCAUCAAGGACGAGAGCAAGCGCGAGAACAUGGCCAUCGUCAACGUAUCGUCCACCUCGGGUACGCACGGCAACGUGGGUCAGGUCAACUACUCUGCUGCCAAGUCGGGUGUUCUCGGUCUGACCAAGACCAUGUGCAAGGAGUGGGGUCCGUUCGGUGUGCGUGUCAACUGCGUUGCUUUCGGCUGGAUCAACACGCGUCUCACUCAGGCCAAGGAGGCCGGCGCUUCCAUCGAGAUCGACGGCAAGAAGAUCGCGCUCGGUAUCCCGGGUCGACCUACCGGCGGCGACUCUAAGCAGCAGGCGGUCACUGCGGUUGCCGACAUUCCUCUUCGUCGACCAGGUGACGCUGAGGAGGCUGCCGCAUCCAUCCUCUUCCUCGCCAGUCCUCUUGCUUCUUAUGUUUCCGGUCAAAUCCUCGAGAUUUGUGGCACCAUGGCGCCGACAGCUACCACUCAAAGCGACGACAAAGCAGCAGCAGCAGCAGCUGCUGGCAGCUCGUUCACAUUCGAUCCAUUCGCCAGCAUCCGAAGCUUCAAGUACUCGGGCUCGGUCAAGGCGGUCUAUCCUUUGAGCCUAAAGCCAAAGAUCCCGCCAUCGAUUCGAAGGCCCAACUACGCCAGAGAAGGGCUUGCUCGCGAGGUUCUUGAGCUUGCUGCUGCCGCUGCCAAGCCCGGAGUCACAACCGACGAGAUCGACAAGAUUGUGUUUGCGGAAGCCAUUAAGAGAGACUGCUAUCCCAGUCCUCUAGGCUACCACGGCUACCCGAAGAGCGUCUGCACCUCCAUCAACGAGGUCAUUUGCCACGGCAUCCCCGAUCAGCGACCCUUGGAAGACGGCGACAUUCUCAACAUCGACGUCACCCUCUUUCACAAGGGCUACCACGGUGAUCUCAACGCAACCUUCCCCGUCGGCAAGAAGGCAGAGGAAGAUGCCGAGUCGAUGAAGCUCAUCCGUGUCGCUCGAGAAUGCCUCGAUGCAGCGAUCAACAUCUGCGGACCCGGCGUCCCCUACGGCGAGAUUGGCCGGGUCAUCCAGCCGCUGGCAGAAUCUCAAGGCUGCGCCGUCGUCAAAAAUUACACGGGCCAUGGCAUCUCCAACUGCUUCCAUGCAGCACCCACAGUCUAUCACCACGCCACCAAGAAGAGCUACGGCAUCAUGAAGCCGGGCCACAUCUUUACCAUCGAACCCAUGCUCAACCUCGGCACAGAGUGGAGAGAUCUGUCGUGGCCUGACGACUGGACCGUGGCCACUGUCGAUGGUGCACGAUCAGCAGCGGCCGAAGAGACAUUGCUGAUCACCGAGACUGGUGUAGAGAUCCUGACGGCGAAAGGCGGCCCGAGACACAUUGAUACCACGGAGCGACGCAAGCAGCUCGAGGAGGAGAUCAAAGCGCGGGAGGAGAGGAAGAAGCGAAGAAAGCUCGACAACGGUGGUGCGAGCACUCCCGGUUCGGGCGCUGCCACACCGACACCCGCUCCGGAACAGACGAAUACGACCACCAAGAGCGCUUCUGGGCCCGCUGUUCCUGAGAGCUGA